AUGGAGAGAUUUAUUCGUCCAGUUUCCCGGCAGCUCCUAAGACCGCGCCUUCGUUAUCCUUUUGCCAUUCCUGCUCCUAUCCACACUAAACGCCUAGUUUCCACCAUGGGUUACAACGUUCCUCAGCUCAAAGAUCAAUCCCUCUUCAUCCAAAAGGCAUACGUCAAUGGCGAGUGGGUAGACGCUCAAUCCGGACAGACCUUCGAAGUCCACGACCCUGCUUCCGGAAAGCUCAUCGGAACAUGCCCCGAAUUCUCCGCCGCAGAUACCGAGAAGGCUAUUCAAGCCGCCAAAGAAGCCUUCCCCAAGUUCCGCACAACGCUGUCCCGCGAGCGCGCCCGCAUGCUGCGCAGAUGGUACCAGCUCAUGAUCGACAACGCCGACGACCUAGCCACCCUGAUAACCUGGGAAAACGGAAAGCCACUCACCGACGCCAAGGGCGAGGUGAACUACGCCGCCAGCUUCUUCGAAUGGUUCAGCGAAGAAGCUCCCCGCAUCUACGGUGACACUAUCCCCUCCUCCGUCCCCGGCAACCGGGUCAUGACCCUGAAGCAGCCUGUCGGUGUGUGCGGUCUCAUCACACCCUGGAACUUCCCCGCCGCCAUGAUCACCAGAAAGAUUGGCCCUGCCCUCGCAGCCGGCUGCACCGUUGUCGCGAAGACCCCCGGUGAGACGCCCUUCACGGCUAACGCCCUCGCCGAGCUGGCCCACCGCGCCGGUAUCCCCAAGGGUGUCGUCAACAUCGUCACCGCAUCCCAGAACACCCCCGAGGUUGGCGAAGCCAUCACCACUCACCCCGAGGUCCGCAAGGUCUCCUUCACCGGCUCCACCAACGUCGGUAAGCUCCUCAUGAAGCAGUCCUCCUCGACCAUCAAGAAGGUCUCCUGGGAGCUCGGUGGCAACGCCCCCUUCAUCGUCUUUGACGACGUCGAGGACCUCGACGCUGCCGUCGCCGGCGCUGUAGCCUCCAAGUUCCGUAGCUCCGGACAGACCUGCGUGUGCGCGAACCGCAUCUACGUGCAGCGCGGCAUCUACGAUGAAUUCGCCAAGCGCUUCGCCGAGAAGGUCAAGAACUUCAAGCUGGGUGCUGGCUUCGAAGAAGGCGUCACCCACGGUCCGGUUAUCCACGACCGCGCUGUCAACAAAGUCGACGAACACGUUCGCGACGCUGUGUCCAAGGGCGCAAAGGUCCUGACGGGCGGUCAGAAGGCCGCUCACCUUGGUCCUAACUUCUACGACUUGACCGUCCUCACGGAGAUGAACAAGGAUAUGCUCGUCGCUUCGGAGGAGACGUUCGGCCCUGUGGCGGGUCUUUUCCCCUUCGAGACAGAGAAGGAAGUCGUUGACCUGGCUAACAAGGCUGAGGUCGGUCUGGCCGGGUACUUCUUCAGCAGUAAUGUCAAGCGCAUCUUCCGUGUUGCGGAGGCGCUGGAGGUUGGUAUGGUGGGUGUUAACACGGGACUUAUUAGUGAUGUUGCUUCGCCAUUCGGCGGUGUCAAGCAGAGUGGCUUUGGUCGCGAAGGCAGCAAGUACGGUAUUGAUGAGUUCUUGGUGGUCAAGAGUGUUACUUUUGGAGGAAUUGAUCCUCUUCAGUAG